AUGUCCUGGCAGGAGCUGUGUGGGGCAGAGCAGGCCUUUUGCAGCCAGCCGUGCCAAUGUCCUCCAGGGGAGCUUGGCCAGCUUGGCCAAGGUCUCUCUGUCCCGGUCCGAGGCGACAAGCUGGUGAGGCAGAGGCUGUCAGCACAACAUCUUCCCCCAGAUAACCAGGAGCACUGUGCUACCAACCCACUGCAGAGACCUUGGGGGAAAUCCCUUCUUUGGGCCUUGGGGAACCAGCUGGCUUCACGGCACAGGGUGAUGGUGGAUGUUGUAGAGCUGUGGGAUGCCACCCCAAAAACCAUCCUGGGCAAGCAGCUGUCUAUGUCCUGCUUUGAGACACACCAGUAUCAGCCUUCAAAUCACCGGGACAGCCCUUGGGAAUCAGGCUGGACUUACACCUUGACUCCAUUUCCCACUCGUUUCACAGGAAUUCUUCCCCAGGCAAACUUCUUCAAAGUUGCCAGCUUCCAUGUAGCUGUCAGCAACCUGAGUGAGACUCUAAAUGUGACAGACCUAAGGCAGUUUGCCACAGAUUUUAUGAAACUUGUGAAAGCUGAGGACACCAAGUUUUGUAUUGACAUUCUGGAAAACAUUCAGGUUUUUUCAGAGGAUAUAUGGGGCGAAAAUCUGUCGAGGAAUUCCCUGUUACUCACACCUUUAUGA